AUGUUUCACCAGCACUUCCAGCCUCGUGCACUUCCGGCGUACUAUCCUGUGCAGAUGAAAGCGACGUUGGUUUUGCUACAACAGCUGCAUAAAUCUCCCGACGCUUUUGUUCACCAUAUUCGCCACCAUGCAGGCUCUGUCAUCAUGAAAAUCGUCUACGGAUAUGAUGUGGAUCCGAACGGUGAUCGAUUUGUGGAGUUGGUGGAUCGUGCGAUGGAAAGCAUUCGCAUCGUUGCGAACGUCGGAGCCUUUUUCGUUGACUUCAUCCCUAUUUUGAAAUAUCUUCCACGUUGGUUGCCUGGCGCAGGUUUUAUUAGGCGAGCGCAAGCCUGGAGAAAAGACGUCGACGACAUGUUAGAAGAACCAUUUGAAUACACAAGAGAAUCCAUGGCGAAGGGCCUUGUACCCCCUUCAUUCGUCUCUGAAAAUCUAACAAAAAUGCAAAAGACCGAGGUGGCAGACACCCCAACGCACCUUGAAAUCAUACGGAACACAGCUGCGGUUGCCUUUGCUGCGGGAGCUGACACGACCGUGAUCGUCGUCCUUUCCACGAUGCUUGCAUUUCUUCUUUAUCCCGAGGUACAAGCCAAAGCCCAAGCCGAAUUGGACGCCGUGGUUGGUCAUGGCACCCGCUUGCCGAAUUUCGAUGACCGUCCGCAACUGCCCUAUAUUGACGCUAUCGUGUUGGAAGCUAUGAGAUGGAACUCUGUUGUUCCACUGGGCGUUGCUCAUCGUACCAUGAAAGAGGAUGUUUACAGAGGUUACUACAUUCCUGCAGGUACGUUCCAAAUACAUUUUUUCUUCUCGGUUUAUGAUUAUGUGCCCUUUGUAGGCGCGAUCAUCAUUGGAAACGCUUGGGCCAUGCUUCACGACGAAAAAGAUUAUCCCAACCCUCUGGUGUUCGACCCCGGCCGGUUCAUCCCUCGAGACGGGAAGGAACGCCAACCUGAACCCACAGUGGCGUUUGGUUUUGGAAGACGCAUCUGUCCUGGCCGUUAUAUCGCUUUGAACACUGCCUGGAUUGCUAUCGCGUCCAUGGUUUCGACUUUGUCAUUCACGAAGGCCGUGGAUUCUGAAGGUCGAGUUGUUGAACCAAGCGAAACCUUUACGAGCGCUUCUUUGAGCUUUCCCGUUCCUUUCAAAUGCACGAUCAAGGCGCGUUCUCCUCAGACACAGGCGUUGUUAGAUUAG